GGUGGAGCUUUUGCGCUCGCCCCCAACUCCUUCCAGCCAUAAAAGUAGCCACGCUAGUCUCUACCACGUUUCCUCGUCCGACGUCUGUCUGCCGCAGUCUAGCGACUCUCACAGUCCGUUCGUUCGACUCGCCAUGGACCCCAACUGCUCCUGCGCCACAGAUGGAUCCUGCUCUUGCGCCAGCUCCUGCAAGUGCAAAGAGUGCAGAUGCACCUCCUGCAAGAAGAGCUGCUGUGCCUGCUGCCCUGUGGGCUGUGCGAAGUGCGCCCAGGGCUGUGUCUGCAAAGAAGCCUCGGACAAGUGCAGCUGCUGCGCCUGAUGUGGGCACAUCCCCGCAACCACGUGUAAAUAGAGCGAUGUGUACAAACCUGAUUUUUUUUUUUUAACUGACCCAUUUCUCAACUCUUUCUGUGAAGCGUAUAACUGAUAAUAAAAAUCGUUGACUUUA